UCAGUAGCCACUGACUGGAUUUGAGGGGUCAAACACUGAUGGUCAGUUCGAAGUCAAAUUUCACUUGCAUUUUAAUCUAAAACUCAGUCUUGAACGCAGUGUCUGAUAAAUGGUUGUUAUUUGAAAAUGUGGCUAGGAUACAAAAUAUGUCUAUUUUGGGUAUCAUUCGUAAUGGGUGAAACAAUUGAGGAGUACUUCGAUUUUGUGUUGCCACUUGUGAAAGAAGCAGGAAAGAGCCUUCUAACUGCAGCAGAUUAUGAAGUAGAAACAAAACAGGAGGUUUAUGAUCUGGUGACAGUGUACGACAGAAAAAUUGAAGAUGUAUUGAUAAAGAAUAUCAAGAAGAAGUGGCCACAACACAAAUUCAUCGGAGAAGAAGAAUCUGAAGUAAACGGGAUAUCAGAACUAACGGACACUCCCACCUGGAUUAUAGACCCAAUAGAUGGUACUGCAAAUUUUGUGAGAAACAUGAAAUUUUCAGGUGUCAGCGUAGGGCUUGUGAUAAAUAAAGUACAGAUGAUGGGCAUAGUAUACAACCCCUUUCUAGAAGAAUGUUUUACUGCUAUUAAAGGAAAGGGAGCUUUUCUCAAUGGAGAAGAAAUUAAGACAAAUGGUCAGAAAGAUAUACAGAAGAGUAUAUUCAAUUACGAACUAUCCCUUGCAAGAAAUCCUAAAUAUUAUGAAUUAUAUAUGUACAGACUGAAGUAUCUAAUGAAGGAAAUUUUGGGGUAAGUUUCAAUAAUUUAGGUGAAAC